AAUAAUUAUUAUAUUGAUAAUGACUGAUACUAAAGGAUCUAUGGUGGCUCCAUUAUCUAAAUAUAAACUAGUAUUCUUAGGAGAUCAAUCGGUUGGAAAAACUUCUAUAAUAAAUCGAUUCAUGUUUGACACUUUUGAUGGCAAAGAUCAUGUAAGACAGUUUGAAUAUUCAAGCCUACAGUUGGUAUCGAUUUUAUCUCCAAGACCCUUUACUAUGAGGAUAGAACCAUUCGACUUUAAUUGUGGGAUACUGCUGGAUAAGAGAGAUUUAGAUCCCUAAUACCAAGCUAUAUUAGGGAUAGUGCAGUUGCUGUAGUUUGUUAUGAUGUUGAGGGUAAUUUCUAAUAAUACAAAAGUGAAACAAUCAUUUGAGAGUGUUGUAAAAUGGAUUGAAGAUGUACGCUUAGAAAGAGGCAACGAUGUAAUCAUCUUUGUAGUGGCCAACAAGAUUGAUCUUGAUAACAGGUAACUAAUGCAUAUUAAUGGGAAGAGUUGUAUCCACAGAGCAAGGAGCUACUCUAGCCAAGGAACAAGAUGCUCACUUUAUUGAAGUUAGUGCAAAAUCAGGAAGCAAUGUUGAAUUACUAUUCAAAUAAAUAGCAGCUACUCUUCCAGGUACUGAAACAUCUUAAAUGGUGAAUUCUGUUGUGAACCAUCCAACCUAACGUAUUCAAUUUCUUUGAUCAAUUAGCAAAUAUAAAAAUAGAUAAUCCGUAAAAUUAAGAUUAGGAAAAAAAAGAUGGAAAGUCAUGUUGUUGA